AUGGCCACUGUGCGCCACAGCACCGUGGCCGCGAUCCUACUCGGCUUUCUUGCCCUCUGCGUCGCGUCCACGGUGCCGACCGGCAGCACCGUCACCAGCACAAUCCAACCAACGACCACAUCCACGAUUGCGACACCAGCUCCAGCCGUUUCCUCUGCAUUUUCUGCCGUAUCAGGCUCGACGCGCAAAGUGACUUCGUCCGGCCCAAUCACGACCGCGCCCGUCUUUCUGCCAUACUAUGACAACGCAGCCUGGUCUGCCCUCCGAGGCAGCAUCCUAUCAUCCGACGACGUAAAAAAUUGUACAACCUAUACAAUAUUCUGCCGCAAAGAGCCCAAGCAAGCGUGCAACCUCGCGCUGGAAUUUCCAUUCAUCAUCAUCGAAGGCCCCAAGACGGUCGAAUUUCACGGCACAUACACAUCCACCUUUAUUGCCGACAUUGGAUGCAAUCUCGACGGACGAACCGCAGCGACAUGUUCCGGUUACUCGAGCUACAAGUCCGGAUACAAGAACGGCAUCGUUACUGGUCCUACUGAGCUCUCAUGGACCUCGACUCUUACCGGAACGGACGUGAAAUGGGGAGUCUUGACAUUGACAGAUAUCCCCAAACCCAGUGGCGACGACGACAAUUCGGCCGAUAUAACCAUGGUGCCCACUAAGAAUACGGCGCUGUUAUAUCUGCCGUCGGACACGCCAGAAAGUGCUGCCAGCACGCAAGAUGUGCAGGCUUGGACAGCUAUUGUGGUCGCAGCAAGUACCGUUUUUGCCGGCCUCCUUCUCUAG